AAAAGAUGAAUAGGGAAAGCAGAUCGGAGCAUACCAUCCCAAAACCUGAGGGGGUUAAAACUGCUGUCUGAAAGUUUGGUUAAAAAGUGUGAGUCGCGGUAACAGUUCCCCUCCAGAAACACACCGCUACUGUCCGCUGACCGCAACACACACAAAAAAGAUUUUUUGAAUACUUAAAUACUUUCUUAGAACAUCAUCUCAGACUUUCUGGAUAUGUUUCGAAGCCCUGUCCUCCAGCCGCCUGUCUCUCUCUCUCUCAGUGUCCUGUCUGUCUCUCCAUCUUGGUGACAUUGUGAGAAACCAGGGAACCUUUGGAGGACUCACACAUCGUUUUCGUCGCUAGAGAUCUUGUUCCAACAUGGACGUCUUCUCCAACCAGUCUCACCCUUCCUCCAAUCUCUCACUUCCCAUCUCCCCAACUUCUCCACCUCCGGAUCUCUAUUACCCCCUCCCGACCAUCAUCAUCAUUGCGUGUCUUUUCGUGCUGUUCGCGGGCUGCGUGAUCUUUCUCGCCGUUGGCUGCUCUCCCGGAGGAUCGUGGGGUGUGGACGGAGACUGUGGCCUUGGAGACGGCCUCUCGUGUGGACACACUCUGUCAAGCGAGCCCCAGCUGAAGUUCUGGAAGCGCUUGGGUUCGAUGAGGCAGUCGUUCUCUUCCACGCCGACAUUCAGACGACCUGUUCAGCCACGUGCGGCCCACUGCAGAAAGCAACCGGGGUUGGCGGUACCGGCGGGGUCGAAGAGAAAUGACUCGCAUACGUAUAUCACCAUACCCUCUCUGCUGCAGUAUGCGACAGAGAUAUAAACUGUUUCCCUAAACGUAGUGAGAUACCUUUCUGUCUACUGCCUACAUUGACAGAAUCCGCCUUUAAGUGGAAAUUCAAAAGCAGGCCCAGACGGUUUCUGUACACCUGACAAUUUAAGUGGAAUGGGACAUGUAGGAAAAUACUUUAUUUUCAUCAAUACUUUUUAAUACUUAAUACUUGCAAUGCAUUCUGGGAUAGACACUGCCUGAGAAAUAGGCUAUAAAUCUCGUGAUUGAGACUGCACUUGGGAAAAAACCAACAAGGCCUUAGAAUGCGGUCUAGGUAGGCAGCUAACUAGGUUUUUGAAAAAGCUAUAGGCACACACUAUAUGCGCUGAUAAUGAUCAGGCUGUGUACAGGAAGUCUUUGUUUCUCUCAACCUCAGCUUCAAUCAAAACAAGACGCGACUCAACAUUAGACCCAUACAUUUGACCGCAGCUCUAUAAACAGCUGGACGUUCACAAGCUCUGUGUGCAGAGAACUAGAAACCUGCAGAACCGAUUCUGCUGACUUGGAUAUUUUUGCAGCUUUUGUAACAUCGUCAUGGUUGCCCUUUCACGUCAUUCGCUGACAACCUAGAGAUCACAGCACAUCAAACAGGACAUCAAGAGAAGAUACACAACAGAUGCUCAAAAGCUCACACUACCAAACUUUCAGCUCGUUGUGUUACUCUUCACAUAGCUUAUGAUGGAUGCAUUUUUCGUGACGUUGCUUGUAAUUCUUUAUUGAAUUAAGGAUUUUGUACAAGUGUUUUUUUAGAGAUUGUACACAAAAAGAGGCGAGGAUGUGUAAUAAAAUAAUAAGAUUCAGGAGGGGCAUAAGCUGAACGACUUCAAUUUACUCGUAUUGAUACGUUGCAUUGGUUGCAUUGCAUCAUUGAUAAGUUGCAUUGGUGUUUUUCUCCAUAUUGCGAUGUGUGAAAAAAUGAAAUGUGAAAAAAAGGUAGAGCGGGUUAGAAGCCUGGUAAUCGGACAGUCAAUAUAGUCACGCCCCCAAGCCAAAACAUGUUUGCAGAUGAAGUGGAGGUGGGUUUAAUUUAAAGAUUAUGCCAGCAUGGAUCAAUCAUUUAUAACAAACCACAAUAUUUCACAAAAAGUAAGAAUUGAGUAUUUCAAUUUCAUUUUUGAUGUUAAAGGAACAGUUUAUUAUUUACACACCCUGAUGUUAUUUCAAACCUGUAUGACUUUGUUUCUUCUGCAGAACACAAAAGAGGAUAUUUGGAAAAAACAGAAAAUGGUUGGUCCUCAUUGACUUGCACUGGUUUUUUGUCUAUACAAUGGAAGUCAAUGGGACCAAUGGUUUUUGUUAACCAACAUUUUUCAAAACAUCUUCUUUUAUUUACUGCAGAAGAACCAUGGCAUGACGACAGGAUGAGUAAAUGAUGUCAGAAAUUUCAUUGUGAAG